AUGUUAUCAACAUCGGUCCUAUGUUCAUGUUGGCGUGUUGUCACGUCGAGGACCUUGAAAAAUAUGUUCGAUCAGGAAAGUCAUGAUACGUAUAAUGAUGUAGGCUACUGCUACACGACAUUUACGUAUGUUGAUCCACUACUAGUUGUAGUACUACUCUUAUCAUCAACUUCAACUGGGCUAGGUCCUCUCUCGCAGGCUCCCAACAUCAAUGAACAUUCAUCAAUGCACAACAAUAAAUGUCAUGAGCUGAGCUUAUACUUUAAUGAUGACGAAAUCGGGACUUUCUGGUUAAUAGAUACCCAACACUCCGACCACUAGUAGCAGGAGCUACUUCAUAG